AUGGAAAGCUACGAUUUCCUUUAUGUUUACAAUUUGAUUCAGGAUCACUUGGAACAUGUUUGCGCAGAAGUGCAGCUCAAAGAAGCUCCCAAUGAAGCUGCCCAAGUCUUAAGAAAAAUUGCGCCUUCACUUCAGGGAGAAGUGGAAGAGAACCUAAGACCCUAUUUGGACUCCCUGGAGAUCAGCUCCAUCAGUGAUGCUAGCAGAAUUUUCAGUCAAGUGAUGGAAGAGGAAUUUGCUGAUGGAACCACCAACUGGGGACGGAUUUUGACAAUAUUCCUGUUUGGAGGAAUCCUUGCAAAGAAGCUAAAACAACAUGGAAUUCCUUUGACAGCAGAAAACACAGAGCAGCUUUCUUGUUUUAUUACAGACUAUAUUGUAAACACCAAAGCUAAGUGGAUCAAUGAAAAUGGAGGAUGGGACAAUGGCUUUGUCACCAGGUUUGAAGAGAAAAGCCCCUGGCUGCCCUUACACAACAUAAAGGAAAAAAUCAUGUCUGUUUUCUCAUUCUUCAGUCAGUAUUACUGACAAACUUGGCCAAUGUUUCCUGAGUGACCACAAAAUAUUGUGUGGCAGAGACUUCUGGAACAGCUUCUUGAUGUUAAAAACCCGACACUGACUCUUCAGAGCAAAGGGAGCAGUUAUCUCCUUUAAUUUUCAAAUCUUAUUUAUGUGGUAUUUAUUAUUGCAUACAUAUUCUGCUUUCUGUUAAAAUGUAACAGCUUUCACAAUUAGUUGCAAAGGUGAAAAUGGGAUGCUCUGAGGACAGGCUCUGUCCUCAGAAUGCUUCUCUAAUGUUGGACCUGAGACUGUAGAUUAUCCUCUGCCCAUCUAGAUUACACCUAGCAGCCAAAGGAUGCUGUCACCUGGCGAAAGAAAUUGAGCAACAAGGGUAGCCACACCUCCUUGGCGCUCCCUUCUCAUGUACUUUCUAACUGCAUCUUAUUUUGUGUGAAAUAUUUUCUUGAGUUUUUCAUCAAGGCACAUUUAAAAAUGCAAUGUGACCACAUGCAAGCCAAUGGCGGGCAAAUUUCCAACAUGCAUCUGAGCACUGAAUGUAGACAAUAAGGAAGAAUGCUUGUGCAGAGCAGUUGAGAGAGAGUAAUUUUGCUGCAACCCAAAGGAGACUUUUCUGGGAGGCAGCUCUAGGCUGGGAAUCCAAAGCAGCCUUGGCUCCAAGCCUCCGCUGCCAUGUUACUUGUGGACCAUUGUGCAGGAUUUUUGUAAGUCCUCCUAUCUCAACCACAACUCCUCCAGACUGAACUCUUUGGUCUCUGCAUAUGAGCAACACAACCAGUUCCUGCACUGAUAUUGCUAAAGCCAGUUUUAAAUGCUGAAAAACAGCUUAUUUUUUCGACACUAAGAAGCUCAUGAAGUCACAGGGGCCUCAUCGUCACCUCUACGUAUGUGCCAAGUGCUGAUUGGAUUAUUUGAGUUUAUUUGAACUUGGGCUCAUAACGGACUUUGAUCCAUGGACUUCUGUGAGAUGUCUGUGUUUGUUUCCUGCUGCAAGUCUGCUCUUUUUCAAUAUGAUUGUUGAUUGAAGAUCUUGGGGUGGAGCUGGGUCUUACAUAUUCCAAUAUAUCUGCAGAGAAGGGCAUUUAGAAAUAAUUAGUAAAAUUUAAAUAGAAAGUCAACCCAUCUCCCCACAGUGGGGAAAGGCUGUGACCAGGUGACCCACUGAUUCAAGUAAGAAUCACCUUAGAUCACUUGAGAGUCCAAGACCUACUAUGGAAAUAGUCUACUAUUCCAAUAUGGCAAGUCUUUUACACGUUUUUGAAUGUAUGUCAGAAUUUCUAGAUUUAUUUAUACUGCCUUUGUGGAAAUGUGCAUGAACAAAAAACUGGGGUGCACCUUCAAACCUGGAUGAGGAAAAUACCACCAAUUUCAAAGAUAAGUAAGUGUGGGCACUCUUAAUAUCUCAUUAUCAUUUAAAGCCCAUUUAGAUUCAAGGAGAACACCAUGCUUUGCCUUUAAAGAAGAAAUAUGCAGUUAAGGCAUAUUUAAACUUUACAUUUUGUCCAUGUAAGACCUGGGCUUACAUAAAGAAAAUCUAUAUAAUCACUUAAAUGGUCCACUGAGAAUAUGAGCAAGGUUCUCCUGGAUUUAAGCUGACCUGUUUUGCAUUUUACAAAGGAAGGGAGUAUCUGCUAUUAAACAUA